UGAGCCCAGAGGUGGAAAUCCCUUAACGAUUAUUUUCACGCCUGGAAAUGAUUUAGACAGCGAUGAAGGCUGUAAACUUCCACGAGUGGGCGGUGACAGCGAGUGUAUCCUAGCGCUCCUUUACCAGUGACUCAUUGGGAGAAAGAUAGAAACGUGGAUUUUAAGCGUUGCAUUUAUUGGAAAAUAAACUUAAACGGUUGGGGGAGUGAACGGGCGUAUGCCGCAUCAUCCGUUUGAAUCGCUUUCCAGACUUUAUCCGUCGUUCUCGUGGGCUUGAAGACACCAGAUACAGUUCACAUGAUCAGCUCUUCAGGUUUUAGGAGAGAACGCGUCUAAUAUCCGCUCACCCCGCGGCUCGCUUGAGAUGGUUCAGUCCAGCUGCGAGGGUCCAGUCUCCAUGCACUGGGAUUUUUCUCAGCGCCGACACCAAGUGAAUCUUCCUUUUAAAACCAUCUGAUAACCGUGCCUGCCAAGAAAAAAAAAGCCCACCAUGAGCGCCUCUUUGAAUCCUGACAGAACGGGAAUCGUGAGGACAGAGUGCAGAUGUACAUAUAACGGGACGAGGAAACUGGAUGGAAUAAGGAUUUUUGCGCUAAUGAAGGUGGGAGUACAGGCGCAUCACUGGAGCGGAGUGCUGCUCUUCUAUAUGGGGCUGCUGGCUGCAUCGGUUAAGGCUCAAAACUGCAGUCACACACUACACAGUCCAAAUGGGACAAUAGAGAGCCCCGGAUACCCGUAUGGAUAUCCCAACUACGCCAACUGCACAUGGGUGAUUGUGGCACAGGAACACAACCGGAUACAGUUGGUAUUUCAAGGCUUUGCCUUAGAGGAGGACUUUGACAUCCUUUCAGUCUACGAUGGGCAACCCAGUCCAACAAACUUACGGACACGGUUGACGGGGUUUCAACUGCCCGCCCCUAUAGUCAGCACAGGACCCAGACUCACACUAUGGCUGCUGUCAGACUAUGCCGUGAGUGGCCAGGGCUUCAAAGCCGUGUACGAAGCCCUUCCAAGCUACACCUGUGGGAAUCCAGGCCAGCUGCUGAAUGGCAUGCAGCAGGGCUCUACUUUCAACAUCGGGGAUAAGAUCCGCUACAGCUGCAACCAGGGUUAUGUGCUGGAGGGCCACACUGUGCUCUCCUGCCUUGCCACUUCCUCCGGCACCGCUGCCUGGGACUUCCCCCUGCCGUACUGCCGAGCGGAUGAUGGCUGUGGCGGCACACUACGGGGUCAAAGUGGUGUCAUCACCAGUCCAAAUUACCCCCAGGAGUACAACAACAACGCGGACUGCACCUGGACAGUGCUGGCCGAACCAGGAGACACCAUAGCCUUGGUCUUCUCUGACUUUCAGUUGGAAGAAGACUACGACGUUCUGGAGAUAACCGGCACAGAAGGAUCCUCUCAGUGGUUUACUGGUCCAAACCUGCCAUCACCCAUCAUCAGCAGCAAGAACUGGCUGAGACUUCACUUCACAUCUGAUGGAAACCAUAAACUGAAAGGCUUCAGUGCUCAGUAUCAAGUGAAGAAGAUGACAGAACUGAAGUCCAGAGGGGUGAAGAUGCUGCCAAGUAAAGACAACCACAGCAAGAUAUCAGUUUUAUCACAGAUGGGGGUGGCGCAAGGACACAACAUGUGUCCAGACCCAGGAAUCCCAGAAAGGGGCAAAAGAAAAGGCUCUGAUUUCAGGCGGGGUGCUUCCGUGCACUUUUCUUGUGACGAAGGUUACGAGCUUCAGGGGUCUAAAAGCAUCACCUGCCUGCGAGUUACGGACAGUUAUGUUGGCUGGAGUGAUGACCGGCCUAUCUGCAGAGCUCCUAUGUGUGGCGGACAGCUCCGUGGCCCGAGCGGCAUCAUCACCUCCCCAAACUUCCCAGUACAGUACGACAACAACUCUAACUGCACCUGGAUCAUCACAGCUUCAGAUCACUCCAAGGUGAUCAAGCUGAUUUUCGAGGAGUUUGACUUGGAGCGAGGUUACGAUACUCUAACUGUAGGAGACGGAGCUGUAAUUGGUGAUCAGCGGACAGUCUUUCAUGUGUUGUCUGGAACCACGACUCCAGAUCUGGUGGUCAGUACCAGCCAUCAGAUGUGGCUCAAUUUUAAAACGGAUGACACGAGUGGUUCCCUGGGCUUCAAGGUUUCUUACGAAGAAAUUGACCAGGGUGGAUGCGGAGACCCAGGGAUCCCAGCCUAUGGCAAGAGGGAAGGCACCGGCUUCCGACAUGGAGACAAGCUAUAUUUUGAGUGCCUUCCAGCCUUUGAGCUGGUAGGAAAAAAGAACAUUUCCUGCCAGAAAAAUAAUCAGUGGUCAGCCAAGAAGCCAAGCUGUGUGUUUUCGUGUUUCUUCAACUUCACAACUCCGUCUGGGGUCCUGCUAUCACCAAACUACCCUCAGGAGUACGGAAACAACAUGCACUGCGUGUGGCUGAUAAUCGCCAAACCCGAGAGCCGCAUCAACCUGGCCUUCAACGACCUGAGCAUGGAGAAACAGUUUGACUUCCUGUCUAUUAAAGACGGCGGCAAGGCAGAAUCACCAAUUCUGGGCACCUUUUCUGGAGAUGUGCUGCCAUCACCCAUCACUACCAGCGGCCAUGUGGCCAGGCUGGAGUUUCUGACUGAUCAUACGUACACAGAACGUGGCUUCAACAUUACUUUCACCACUUUCCGGCACAACGAGUGUCCCGACCCUGGAGUUCCAGUAAACGGAAAACGCUUUGGUGAGAGUCUACAGCUUGGCAGCUCCAUCUCUUUUCUUUGUGAGGAGGGGUUUAUGAAGACCCAUGGUUCACAGACCAUCUCAUGCAUUCUCAAAGAUGGAAAUGUUGUGUGGGACAAUGCUGUGCCACGUUGUGAAGCUCCAUGUGGUGGAAACUUGAAGGCUUCUAGUGGCAUCAUUCUGUCCCCAGGCUGGCCUGAGCUUUAUAAAGAGGCCCUCAAUUGUGAGUGGAUCAUUGAGGCUCCGCCAGGAUAUCCUAUUAAGAUCAUCUUUGACAAAUUCCGGACAGAGGUUAACUACGAUGUUCUUGAGGUACGAGAUGGACGCUAUCCUUCUUCCCCUCUGAUUGGCAGUUAUCAGGGUACACAGGUCCCACAGUUCCUCAUCAGCACCUCCAGCUUCCUAUACCUGCUCUUCACAACUGACAAGAGUCACUCAGACAUUGGCUUCCGCAUCCGAUAUGAGACCUUGCAGCUCCAGUCGGACCAUUGCGUUGAUCCUGGAAUCCCAGUCAAUGGUCAGCGGCACGGCAAUGACUUCUAUGUGGGGGCGCUGGUGACGUUCAGUUGCGAAGCAGGUUACACUCUCAGUGACCAUGAGCCCCUUGAGUGUGAGCCUAACUUCCAGUGGAGUCGCCCCCUGCCCAGCUGUGAUGCACUUUGUGGUGGGUUUAUUCAGGGGAACAGCGGCACUAUUCUGUCCCCUGGGUUUCCUGACUUCUACCCCCAUAACCUCAACUGUACGUGGAUGAUUGAAACUUCACAUGGUAAAGGUGUCCAGUUUACCUUUCACACUUUUCACUUGGAGAGUCCACACGACCACCUUUUAGUCACAGAAAAUGGUAGUUUUUCUCAACCCCUGUGGAGAUUGACCGGGUCUACACUGCCGCCCCCUCUUAGCGCUGGACUUUUUGGCAACUACACUGCUCAGAUCCGUUUCCUCUCUGACUUCUCUGUGUCCUAUGAGGGCUUUAACAUCACUUUCUCAGAAUACGAUCUGGAGCCCUGUGAAGAUCCCGGCGUCCCCCCCUUCAGCACUCGUAAGGGGCUGCAGUUCGGGGUUGGGGAUGCGCUAAUCUUUUCCUGUUUUCCGGGAUACCGUCUCGAGGGGCCUGCGAGGGUGGUGUGUCUAGGGGGGCGUCGGCGGGUUUGGAGUUCCCCUCUGCCAAGGUGUGUUGCUGAAUGCGGAUCAUCUGUAACCGGGAAACAAGGAGUUUUACUCUCUCCCAACUACCCUGGUUACUACGGUAACAACCAUGAGUGCAUCUACUCCAUCCAAAGCCAAACCGGUAAAGGGAUCCAGCUCAGAGCGCGGGAUUUCCGCCUGGAGGAGGACGACUUGCUUAAGGUGUAUGAUGGUAGCAGUAACAGCGCCAGACUGCUGGGCAUCUUCACAGGCACAGAGAUGAUGGAUAUCACUCUAAACAGCACGUCCAGCACAAUGUGGCUGGAGUUCAUUAGCAACAGUGACAAUACUAGCAAAGGCUUUGAGCUGCACUUCACCAGUUUUGAGUUGGUGAAGUGUGAGGACCCAGGUGUGCCUCAGUUCGGAUUUAAACGGGAGGACAAAGGUCACUUCGCAGGCAGCACGGUGUCAUAUAGCUGUGAUCCUGGCUACACUUUAAAAGGCCCAGAGGUUUUGACAUGUCUCAGAGGGGAGAGGAGAGCAUGGGACAGCCCACUCCCACUGUGUGUUGCCGAGUGUGGAGGAACGAUUAAAGAUGAGCCCGUGGGCCGGAUUCUGUCUCCUGGUUACCCAGCGCCUUAUGAGCAUAACUUGCACUGUGUCUGGACCAUUGAGGCGGCACUUGGAAGCACCAUCGGGUUGCAUUUCCUGGUCUUCCACACAGAAGAGGUGCAUGAUGUUUUGCGGAUCUGGGACGGGCCUCACGAUGGAGGCGUUCUCUUGCGAGAGCUAAGCGGCUCUACACUUCCUCCGGACCUCCACAGCACCUUCAGCUCCGUCAGUCUGCAGUUUACAACCGACUUCUUCACCAGCAAGCAGGGUUUUGCUCUGCAGUUCUCAGUUUCAACUGCCACUUCCUGUAAUGAUCCUGGCAUUCCAACAAAUGGCACCCGCAUAGGAGACAGCAGAGAGCCAGGGGAUUAUGUGCAGUUCCAGUGCGAUGCCGGAUACCUCCUACAGGGGGCGACCAAAAUCACCUGUACUGAGAUCAACAACCGUUUCUUCUGGCAGCCUGAUCCGCCCACCUGUUCUGCUCCAUGUGGAGGGAAUCUAACUGGUCCCAGUGGACUGAUCCUGUCCCCUGAAUACCCCGAGCCCUAUCCUCAUGGCAGAGAAUGUGACUGGACAGUAACUGUAAUGCCGGACCACAUCAUAUCACUCACUUUUAAUCACUUUAGUCUAGAACCGAGCUACGACUUCCUGCACAUAUACGAUGGGCCUGAUUCUCUCAGCCCUCUGCUGGGCAGCUUUUACGGCACAGACGUCCCUGAGCACAUUGAGAGCAGCUCCAACACGCUCUUCCUGGCCUUCCGCAGUGACGCCUCACUCAGCAGCAAUGGAUUUGUCCUGCAAUACACUGAGAAUCCUAGAGAGUCAUGCUUUGAGCCAGGCCUGGUGCGUAAUGGUACUCGUGUUGGUACUGAGCUGAAGCUGGGGGCAACUGUCACCUAUUACUGUGACAACGGCUAUACGCUGGAGGGAGACGCCACUCUCACUUGCAUCAUGGGGGGAGACGGCAAGCCCGGCUGGAACAAACCCAAACCUGUUUGCAUAGCUCUGUGCGGUGGUCAAUAUUCGGGGUUGGAGGGGGUGGUUCUCUCCCCUGGUUAUCCUGGAAACUACAGCAGCGGGAGGACUUGCGUCUACUCGGUCAUUGUGCCGAAAGACUACGUGGUGUUCAGCCAAUUUGCAUUCUUCCAGACUGCACUAAAUGAUGUUGUGGAGGUGUAUGAUGGGCCUACCCAGCAUGCCCGUGUCCUGAGCUCUCUCUCUGGGGCCCACACAGGUGAAUCUUUGCCACUAGCCACCUCCAACCAGAUCCUUAUCCGCUUCUCUUCCAAGGGCCAGUCAAGCUUAAAAGGUUUCCACCUGGUCUACCAAGCUGUCCCGAGAACCAGUGCAACACAGUGCAGCUCAGUCCCAGAGCCCAGACACGGCAGGCGCACUGGGAACAACUUUGCGGUGGGGGCCGUGGUGAGUUUUGAAUGCAAUGCAGGAUACGUCCUGGAGGGGCCCAGUGCCAUUGAGUGCCUGACUGUACCCAACGCUCUGGCCCAGUGGAACGGCAGCAUGCCCAGCUGCAUUGUGCCAUGUGGAGGGAAUCUUACCCAGCGGAUAGGCACUAUUCUGUCCCCUGGCUAUCCUGAGCCCUACCUGAACAGCCUGAGUUGUGUAUGGAAGAUCACUGUGCCAGAGGGAAUGGGAAUCCAGAUCCAGGUGAUUAGCUUUGUGACUGAGCAGAACUGGGACUCUCUCGAGGUGUUUGAUGGGGGUGACAACACUGACACCAUGCUGGGGAGCUUCUCAGGCACAACAGUCCCAGCCCUCCUAAACAGCACCUCAAACCAGCUCUACCUGCACUUCUUCUCAGAUAUCAGCGUCUCUGCAGCCGGUUUCCGUCUGGAGUACAAGACUGUGUCCCUCACUAGUUGUCCUGAACCAGUUGUACCCAUGAAUGGCUUCAAAGUGGGUGAGAGAUUACAGAUGAACAGUGUGAUGUCCUUCCAGUGUGACCCUGGAUAUACUCUGCAGGGAGUCUCCCAUAUCUCUUGCAUGCCAGGGCCUGUGCGCCGCUGGAACUAUCCACCUCCUCUCUGCAUCGCUCAGUGUGGGGGAAUCAGAGAGGAGAUGGAAGGCACCAUCCUCAGCCCUGGUUUCCCAGGAAACUACCCUAGCAACAGUGACUGCACCUGGAGGAUUUACUUGCCAGUCGGUUACGGGGCUCAUGUGCAGUUCUUGAACUUUUCCACUGAGGCCAACCACGAUUUCCUGGAAAUUAGGAAUGGGCCUUUUGACACCAGCACAGUGAUUGGCAGAUUUAGUGGGCAGGACUUGCCACCGUCUCUUCUAACCACUUCCCAUGAGACUGCUAUAUAUUUUCAUAGUGACCACUCUCAAAAUAAACCUGGCUUCAGAUUUGAUUAUCAGGCAUAUGAACUUCAAGAGUGUCCUGAUCCUGAACCCUUUCGCAAUGGUGUGGUGGUUGGGGCUGGUUAUAAUGUGGGUCAGUCCAUCUCCUUUGAGUGCUAUCCAGGAUAUCAGCUGAUGGGACACUCCAUUCUUACCUGUCAACAUGGCACAACGCGCAACUGGGAUCAUCCGUUUCCUCGCUGUGAAGUGCCCUGUGGAGGUAACAUUACAUCAGACAAUGGCACUAUCUUCUCCCCCGGUUACCCAGAGGAUUACCCCACUUCUGCAGACUGCAGCUGGCUGAUCACGGUGGCACGCGGCCUCGGUAUCCGUCUUAAUUUCACCCUUCUGCAAGUCCAUGGCCCCCAAGAUUUCAUCACAGUCUGGGAUGGACCACAGGAAACAGUUCGCAAGCUUGGAGUGUUUACUGAGGGAGAGCCCAACAACCCACCAAGCAGCACAUCUAAUCAAGUUCUAAUACGUUUCCGAAGCAAUUCUGAGAAAGGUGGACUGUUCAAGAUCAACUACCAAGCCUAUAGACUUCAGUUUUGUUUGCCACCUUCCAUAAUUCCUAAUGCCGAAAUUCUGAUGGCCAGUAAAGAAUUUAAGAUAGGUGAUAUUGUGCGGUACAGAUGUCUACCAGGAUAUCAUCUGAAUGGGAACAGCAUUCAAACCUGUCGCCUGGGGACUCAUCUUGAGUUUGAAGGACCUCCACCUUCAUGUGAUAUCACCUGUCCUAUGAACGAAGUAUUGACAGCCUCCACGGGGAUAAUCCUGAGUCAGUCACCGGGCAGCAGCCUGCCGCACUUUGAGUCCUGCUCCUGGGUGGUGAAGGUGGAUUCAGGUUACAACGUCACUUUCACCAUUGAACAUUUCCAGACCAGCAGACAGUUUGAUGAGCUGGAGAUCUUUGAUGGUCCAUCAAGACAGAGUCCACUGCUCAUUUCUCUGAGUGGGAACUAUUCAUCUCCCUUCAGUAUUACUAGCACUGCAAACAAGGUUUACCUACACUGGUCUUUUGAUCACACCUCCAGCCACAAGGGCUUUCGAAUCCGCUACUCCGCGGCAUACUGCAGUACCCCAGACCCUCCUGUGAAUGGCUCGGUGCAUAGCCAGACAGGCACAAAACUUGGCAGUACCUUGCGCUUCAGUUGCGACCGGGGCUUCAACCUGAUUGGCCAGACCACCGCCACCUGCACCCGCUCCCCGCAGGGCAUCUACCAAUGGAACGCUCCAGUGCCGCUUUGUCAAGUUGUUUCCUGUGGGAUGCCCCUUGCACCAGUGAAUGGCACUGUCCUUGGACAGGACUUCACUCUCAGCUCUAGAGUCUCAUUUUCUUGUAAUCCUGGUUUCCGAUUGGCCAAUGCUCAGCCGGUGUCAACACUUUGUCAAGAGUCUGGGAGGUGGAGCCCGAUGGAGACCCGCCCUCGCUGCGUCCCUGUGACCUGCCCCGACAUCGGCCACUCCGCAGUGGAUCAUGGGAGGUGGAGGCUUAUUUAUGGCAUGCAGAAUAAAUAUGAGGCCAUGAUGAUGCUGACCUGUGAACCUGGAUAUUUCUACAAGGGUCAAAGGGUCAUCCGCUGCCAAGCUAACGGCACCUGGGAUUACCCUGAGCCAAAACCGUCCUGUGAAAUCAUUUCCUGUGGUGACCUUGGAACCCCUCCGAAUGGGAAUAAAAUAGGAACAUUAACCGUGUACGGAGCGACUGCCAUUUUUUCCUGUAACACGGGUUAUACUCUGGUGGGCUCCAGAGUGAGAGAGUGCAUGUCCAAUGGCCUGUGGAGUGGAGCUGAGGUCCAAUGUCUUGCUGGGCAUUGUGGCACACCAGAGCCUAUUGUGAAUGGCCAGAUCAUCGGAGAGAAUUACAACUACAGAGGCAGUGUCGUUUACCAGUGUAAUCCUGGUUUCCGACUCAUCGGCGUGUCUGUUCGCAUCUGUGAACAGGACCACCGCUGGUCCGGAAAGACUCCUGUCUGUGUCCCCAUCACCUGUGGACAUCCAGGCACCCCUGCUAAUGGUGUGACCCAGGGAAUGCAGUUUAACCUGAAUGACAUUGUGCGUUUUGCCUGCAACCCUGGUUAUGUUCUGCAGGGUGCAAUUAAAUCUCACUGUCAGCCCAACGGCCAGUGGAGCAACGCUCUGCCUAAGUGUAAAAUUGUGAACUGCACUGAUCCGGGACAUGUUGAAAAUGGUGUCAGACAGGUCCUGCCCAGUGGGCCUCAUCGUUACAGUUUCCAGACCACAGUUUCUUUCAGCUGUAACCCUGGAUACUACCUGCUGGGCACCAGCACUCUGAGCUGUCAAGGCGAUGGCACAUGGGACCGUUCCCUACCCAAGUGCCUCUUGGUUCUGUGUGAUCGGCCCAGCAUGCCUCCGUAUGCACAGAUAUCGGGGGACAGGCGCACAGUGGGCUCCGUUAUCCGCUUCAGCUGCAUCGGGCAGCGCAGCAUUGUGGGCAAUACCACCCGCAUGUGCCAGCUGGAUGGCCAGUGGAGCGGCUCCCUGCCACAUUGCUCUGGGGAUUCUGCUGGGUUGUGUGGAGACCCUGGCGUUCCAGUGCACGGGAUCCGUCUGGGAGAGGAGUUCACGGUAGGGAGCAUCGUACGAUUCAGCUGCGAGCCUGGCUACGUUCUGAAGGGCUCCUCUGAACGAACCUGCCUGGCUAACGGGAGCUGGGUGGGCAUCCAGCCUGAAUGCCACGUGGUCUCCUGUGGCAACCCUGGAACUCCUCGCAACGCCAUGAUCCAGUUCCAUGAUGGACUUGUGUUUUCCCGCUCUGUCACAUACUCCUGCAGAGAAGGCUACUACUCCACCGGCCUGCUCACUCGUCAUUGUACUGUCAAUGGCACCUGGACCGGGGACAUGCCGGAAUGCACAGUCAUUAACUGUGGAGAUCCUGGAGUUCCAGCUAAUGGUAUCAAACUGGGCAGUGACUUCACGUACAGCCACACUGUGAGCUUCCAGUGUUCGCCAGGUUUCACUAUGGAUGCCGAUCGUGCCUCUACGCUCAUCUGCACCAAGGAUCGCACAUGGAACGGCACCAAGCCAGUUUGCAAAGCCAUUGUGUGUGGAGCACCUCCCAGCAUCCCAAAUGGUCAGGUGGUGGGGUCUGACUUCCAGUGGGGGUCCAGCAUUAGUUAUACCUGUAAUCAGGGUUACCAGCUUUCCCUUCCCACUAUUCUUACCUGCCAGGGAAUAGGAAACUGGAGUGGCGAACGGCCGCAGUGUUUUCCUGUAUUUUGUGGCGAUCCAGGGAUACCAGCCCAGGGCAAGCGAGAAGACAGAGGGUUCACAUACCUGUCCUCUGUUUCAUUCUCAUGUUUCCCGCCUUUGAUCCUGGUUGGCUCUGCUCGCCGUUACUGCCAAUACGAUGGAACUUGGAGUGGGACCCAGCCAUCUUGCAUAGAUCCCAGUCACACCAGCUGUGUAGAUCCUGGCACUCCUCUCUUUGGCCACCAGAACAACUCUCAAGGCUACCAGAUUGGUAGUUCAGUAUACUACAGCUGCCGAAAGGGCCACCUCCUUCUGGGCUCCAUCUCUCGGACAUGUUUGCCCAACCUCACCUGGAGUGGCAUGCAGCCUGAGUGCAUCGCUCAUCACUGUAAUCAGCCAGAGCUCCCUCCACAGGCAGAUGUAGGUGCUAUAGAGCUGCCAUCUCUGGGUUAUACGCUCAUCUACGCCUGUCAGCCUGGUUUCUACCUCGCUGGAGGAUCUGAACACCGCACCUGCAGGGCUGAUGCCAGCUGGACAGGGAAACCUCCGUUGUGUGCACCUGAUAACAGACCAAGCGGAAAAACUGUAGGAACCGUGCAAGAGCCGCCCAACACAAAGCAACCCGUGCCAAGUGGGGUUUUUGCUAAGAACUCUCUUUGGAGGGGUUCGUAUGAAUAUCUAGGGAAGAAGCAGCCAGCAAUGCUUAGCAUAACUGCUUUUGAACCAUUCAGCAAUCGGGUCAAUGGCACUCUCAUGGACCACAGCGGAGUACAGCUCAAUCUGGCUGGCACCUAUAAGAAAGAAGAAGCCCAGUUGUUGCUGCAGGUGUAUCAGAUUCGAGGUCCUGUGGAGAUCUUCGUUAACAAGUUCAAAAUUGACAACUGGGCUUUGGAUGGACAUGUGUCAUUCAUGCCUUCUUCUGAUUCAUUUGUGUACCAAGGCUUUGUUCGAGGAAAAGGUUUCGGCCAGUUUGGACUUCAGAGGCUGGAGGGCCUUGAUCCAAAUGCCGAAAAUUCAGGCUAUAACUUUGCCUCCAAUAGCAGUUCAGUGGCAGCAGCCAUUUUAGUGCCUUUUAUUGCCAUGAUCAUAGCAGGCUUCGCUCUGUAUCUCUACAAACACAGAAAAAGGCCCAAAGUACCCUUCAAUGGUUAUGCAGGCCAUGAGAACACCAACGGAAGAGCCACUUUCGAGAACCCUAUGUAUGACCGUAACAUCCAGCCCACUGAUAUCAUGGCCAAUGAGACAGAGUUCACGGUCAGCACAGUGUGCACAGCAGUAUAGCGACUGCUCUAGUCAAAGGCUGGAUAUAAUCUUUCCCUCUUCACACAACUGUCCCCAUAGUAUGAAUGGGCCACAUGGAUGGACUAAAGAGGAGGGUUUUAAUUUUUCAUUUGUAAAACAAAUCUCAAUUGUGACUAAGUGAUAAACCUUGACAACGAUGCUGUCAAAGCGCAUCAACAGAGAUGCACUGAUAAAGAACCACAUCAGUAUUUGCUAGCUAAAGCUCUGUUCCUAAACUCUUCUGCUGUCUCCUCUUUUUUCCUUCCGAUGGAACAUCCUAUUUGACUACGGCAGCGCGAAGUGACACCUGUCCACAGCCAUCGCUUGCCAAAAAAAGAGAUACAUUUUUUCGGUCAAAUGAAGGCCGAAUUCUCACUCUUGAGUUGGAGGAAGUCUUCAUGUGAGCAGGAAGUCACAAAAAGCAUGUUGUUGGAGAGCUGAAGCUUUGUUUUACUUUUGUAUCUUGAGUUCUUUCCAUGGAGUGUGUUUUGGCUUGUUUCAUCCCGUUUCCGCCUUGAACUAAAAUCACAAGUGCAGACUUCACUGAGGACAGAUUCCCCAUCAGUUCCCUGAGUAUGUAACACCACAACUCGAUCUGAAGCGGAGUGAGAGGCUUCUGAGCUUUAUUAGAAGAGAUGGAUUCUAGCUGUAGCACAUCUCCUCUCAUUUCAGCCUGAAGGAACAAGUGUUCUCCCAGCAUCUUAUCAUGAUCCUGGUUGAAAAUGGACAGUCCAACCCUUCAAGCAGUCCAGCGGAGAACACAAAAAGACGUGAUUUGGUGUUCAGGGGCUUUAUGAAGCUGACAUCCCAGCCAUUAUCUGCUGUCCUUUCUUUAUUUUCACACUGACAGAAGAAAAGCAGCCCACAUUAGAGGGUUGGAUUUGUAUUAGCCAGGUAUUACCUAGUCUGAACCCCCUCCUUGUGUGUUUGGAUGGUCUUGGUUUGUGGGCUGGGAUAUCAUGGUGAAGAACCGUUUGUUAGCAUUUAUAGUUCUUAAUAUAUCACUGAAUGACAGGAUCCAAUGAUUUUCAUACAUAGAUUUAGAAAAGCAACACAGCCCUAGAAGAGUUGAAGUACAGAGGUAAAUAUAACUUGAGACGUGUCUUUCAUAACCAGGGGAGGGUCUACUUUGGGUCCUCGAGUUCUGAAGUCAAGGAUAAGGAUGACGUGAGGGUUUUAGUCAAAAGGAGCCAACACCAAAUGAGCAUGAAAAUAUUUAAUCUGUGUAGCUUUGUGUCAUAAUCUGUUUCCCUGCACAUUCCUCCAUGUCAUCCAUGCCCACGCCACACUUACGAUAAGGAAAAGGGGCUUAGAAAUCACUCCUUAAAAUACUAAUCCAAGGAUGGCGGUUUAUUUGCAUGCAUUUGCCCCAAUAACUUGAUGGGAAGGUUUGAAGAUGAGCAACAGCUUUGGAAGUUUGGAAAUGAAUAACUUACAUUUUGUUGUGAAAGUAAACUGUAUUCUGGGUGCAGCGUCCUUUAACUGGCCGGUGUUAUUAAGAUUUGUAAUUCAGUUAUUGAAUAUUAUUGCCUCUGCUUGUUUCUGCAUCAUUUGGUUCGAUUUUCUUGUCUUAUGACCUCUGUUAUUUGAUGCCGGCAUUUACUUUCCAGUGGGCAUUUAAAUUCCUCCGGUUUAUUUGCUGUCCUCUUCAGCUUCUGAAAUCAAUCACCGAUAUAAUUACUUUUACAGGUUUAUUCCUUUUGAAAUCGGUAGCCUAUCAUUUUUGUGUUAAUAUGAUAUUACCCAGAGCUUGUUUCAAUUGUAAGCUGAUCGAAAAAGCAAAGAUUGUAUUUCCCUUGGGAUUUUAUGGGCCAGGAGUUUAGCAGGUACAUUAUCUUCAAACUAUUGACAUUAACGACUGUCUUAUGGCCGUUCUUUGUAGGAGAAUUUUAGUGUAGAUGGCAUCUUAAAGCAUUUUCCACAUAUCAGACAUCGUGUUGAAGUUAAUCUCAUAUUCACUUGGUGUUUUAUAUUCUUACAGUUAAUUUUUACAUCUCAGCAACCCGACAAUAGCAAUGCUGCCAGAUUUAUAAUGCUGACAUUAGAAAUUGCUCCUUUUAAAAUCCUCCAAAAAAUGCACUUUGCUAGCGAUAACACACAAAAAAAUCAAGGCACAAGGGCUUCAAAGUCAUCACCUCUGCUUUAUUUUUCAUCUUUGUGUGUAGAUUAACCCAAAAUGUUGUUGAAGUAUCCAGGCAGCCUGUGUUUCAUGCUGUUUCUCGUAACAGUGCCUUGGUAACUCUAUACGUGUGGUUUCCAAUCUCUUCUUAUUGCUCCAUUAUUAUUCUUAUUAUUAUUGCACACUGGUCAAGAGUUGCCAGUUGCUAGGGGAGAAUUUCAAAGAUGCAGCUUCUUCUUUUUUUCCUGAUAGAGAAUCAAGUCUUUGUUACUCUCAGCUUACGAGUAUCACACAAACACAAAAAUAACAACCAGCACCCAAAACAUGUCAUUAAUUUAUAUCUUCACAGGUUAGAACCUGCACUUUAAGGGAGCAAGUAAACACUUUUCUUUGCCUUCAUGCUAGCAUGUGUCAUGAGAGUAUUCUUGUAUUGUGAUUAUUAUUAAUGUCGCAAAACCUACAGUGCUGCUAUGCCAAAGUAAAAGGCAUCAGCCUAUUUUAUAUACAUAUAUAGAGAGACUUCCAGCCAAAAUCAAAAGCAUUACAGCAUUUAUGAUAUUAUUUAUAGCAUUUAGCGGUGCUAAGGGUGAAUUAGCUGAAACACCCAGUUCAGGUCUGUAAUCGUGUCGUCAUUGUACGGAUGUGACGAACUCGGCCUGGCAGCCCUACGUAUAAUUUAUACUCACCUCGACGGAAUCACACAAACAUUUAUUAUAAUGGAGACCCGCAUUUUCUUGAACAUUACCUUCGGAUAUUUGUGAUUAGUAUAUAUAUAGCAACCCUUUUCGUCAAAGGUUUUGAUGGCAUGAUGUGAUUGUGAGCUUGAAGCAAAUUUAAUUGCAAAAACUUGGAUGAUCAUGUCAAGACUACUUUUAGUGCCAGUGUCUUUGAGAAGUUUGGACGUAGACAAUAUCGGGAGUGCACUGAAUGUAUUUUUAAUUUUGGAAAAUCUAUGCUAUACUGCUAUACAUGUGGUGAACAUCCAACAAACUAAGUAACUAAACCAGUCAUGUUCCUUUUU